AAAAGCGUUUUCCCCUCCCGGGAAGUUGCCAGAACUAACUCUGGGCAGCCCGGCCUCUUUUCCGGCUUCUCCAAACUUUAUUGGCAAAAGUGGCCGAGGAGGGACAGCGGACGGCAGGAUGACGUGACCUUAUGGUAGACCCCAGAAUUGAGGCCCCAGGAUGACAGAACCUGAAACUCUGGCCCUGCUGGAAGUGAAGGGGUCUGAGGCCCCGGAGAAGAGUUCACCUCAGGCUUUGGUUUCUAGUGGCCAGAAGCCAGAGGGGGAAAAUAACGAUGAGUCUCCUGGAAUUGAGUCCCUCACAGUGGGAUCUUCAGUUGGAAUGCCCAUAGCCAGAGAGGGGACUGAGGAUGGUCUAGACAGUACAGUAAGUGAAGCUGCUACUUUGCCUUGGGGGACUGACCCCCAGCCCAGUACCCUGUUUCCAGAUCCGCCUGGCUGGCGGCAGCACAUUGAGCCAGAGCCCCUGGAAUCAGAACCACCUAAUAAGUCAGAAGAGUUACCCAAAGAUGAUGCCAACCUUCUGCCCGACAAGGUGGCCCGGCCCUUUGUGCCUAUCGACCUACAGUGCAUUGAGCGGCAUCCACAGGAAGACCUCAUUCUGCACUGUGAGGUAGGCCAGGGUGAGCACCGGAACUUCCUGUCCACCAGAGCUACCCACCCUGAGCCCCCAGAGUGCAAGUGGGCUGAGGCUGUUGUGAGGCCACCUAGCCAGUCCUGUGGAAGCUGUGGGAGCUGUGGAGGCCGUGAGGGCCUGAGAGCGGUGGCUUCCCUGGUGGCUGCCCUCAUCCUCUUCCCCUGCCUAUUGUAUGGAGCAUAUGCUUUCCUGCCCUUCGAUGCUCCACGGCUGCCAACCAUGAGUUCCCGCCUCGUCUACACGCUGCGCUGUGGGGUCUUUGCAACCUUCCCCAUUGUACUGGGGCUCCUGGUGUAUGGGCUGAGCCUAUUCUGCUUUUCUGCUCUACGGCCCUUUGGAGAGCCAAGGAGGGAAGUAGAGAUCCACCGACAGUAUGUGGCCCAGUCAGUCCAGCUCUUCAUCCUCUACUUCUUUAACCUGGCUGUGCUUUCUACCUACCUGCCCCAGGAUACCCUCAAGCUGCUCCCUCUGCUCACUGGUCUUUUUGCCAUUUCCCGGCUGAUAUACUGGUUAACCUUUGCUGUGGGACGCUCCUUCCGAGGCUUUGGCUACGGCUUGACAUUCUUGCCCCUGCUGGCCAUGCUGGUAUGGAACUUCUACUACAUGUUCGUGGUAGAGCCUGAGCGCAUGCUCACUGCUUCUGAGAGUCGCCUGGACUACCCUGACCAUGCCCGAUCCGCCCCUGACUACAGGCCCCGCCCCUGGGGCUGAUCCACUGGAUGCCAGCAAGGUGGGCUAUUACACUCCACUAAACCAGCUGCAGACCGGGGCUUUACCCCAUUCCUGGAACCUCAGUAGGGGGAACUGUUCCCCACAGGCCCAUAGAACAGAGCCUGGAGUGACCCCUGCUCUUCCCUAGCCACUGCUGCUCUUUAGUUUUGGAGACUGAGAUAGUAUAAGGGAGAGGUUUUUCUUUUUGUCAGGGAAAGAGAUGGACAGCCAUGUCCCUUCAGGAUGUUUGAGGACAAGGAUCAACACUUGUAGGAAAGGAAUAGUUCCUUUCUGAGCAGCCUCCCACCACUGCUACUAAGGCUCACCGAUGCUGGACUUUGCUCUACUCCUCAGCUUCCAGUGAGUAAAGAACAGUUAAACCUGGAAGGUCUCAAAUCAGAACCCAACCAAGGUAAUUGGAAAACCUGCCCAUGCCCAAGGACAAAGAAUGGCACUGGAUUACUUAAGAAUUUUCAUCUUGGUGAGAACCUAGGUUCCUAGCUAGGUUCAAGACUACCACAGGCUUCAAGGCCGUUAGCAUCAGUCAAGACUACUAACACUACUGCCCCAACCAAAGAUGUUGCUUCCUCCGUUCCCACUUAUGUAGGUCUCUGACACGUCUCGUCUCUAAACGUCUCAGAACUCACACUUCCCAUGGGAGAAGAGCAGAAAGGGUGAUCUGUUUCCCAAGAAGGUUUCGUGCCUGUUAUCUGGGGAGGGGUUGGAAAGGUGUAGUGCCUGCCUGAUGUCAGCCCAGUAUGAGCGCAAAUAUGUGUGCAUGUGUGUAAAACAAUAAAUUAUUACCAUAGUC